GUACUCAGACCCCUUGUGAGAUCAUAUGCUGGUGCGGUUGGCCCUGGGUUCCUCUUUAUGCAGGACAAUGCUAGACCUCAUGUGGCUGGAGUGUGUCAGCAGUACCUGCAAGAGGGAGGCAUUGAUGCUAUGGACUGGCCCGCCCAUUCCCCAGACCUGAAUCCAAUUGAGCACAUCUUGGACAUCAUCCACCAACACCACGUUGCACCACAGACUUGUCCAGGAGUUGGUGGAUGGUUUAGUCCAGGUCUGGGAGGAGAUCCCUCAGGAGACCAUUCGCCACCUCAUCAGGAGCAUGCUCAGGCAUUGUAGAGAGGUCAUACAGGCACGUGGAGGCCACACACACUUCUGAGCCUCAUUUUGACUUGUUUUAAGGACAUAAAAUAAAAGUUGGAUCAGCCUGUUGUGGGGUUUUCCACUUCUAUUUUAAGUGUGACUCCAAAUCCAGACCUCUAUGGGUUUAUACAUUUGAUUUCCAUUGAUAAUUUUUGGGAAAUUUUGUUGUCAGCACUUUUAACUAUGUAAAGAAAAAAGUAAUUAAUACAAUUAUUUAAUUCAUUCAGAUCUAGGAUGUGUUAUUUUAGUGUUCCCUUAAUUUUUUUAAGUUAAUUUAACCCAACGCUGGAAAUACCCAGCAUUUUUAAGAGUUUAUGACCUAAAGUAGUAAUCUCUAAUCAUUCCCUAGUUUUCCAUUAGGACCAGAGGAAAAAAUGGCAAUGUAGAUAUGCUUAAUGUAGCUGUCACACCAGCCUCAGUAAGGAAAACACAGCUGGUCCAACUCUGACGGUAUAAACGUCCCUGUUGUUUCACAGCAGAGGGUCACUUUGGUUUGUACAAACCCAGCUUUAUCUCGGUCAGUAUGGCCAGGUCCAGCUCAGCCCAAAACACCUACAAAUGGGUUACGGCUUUCCUUAUGCUGUGGUCCAUGGCGUCUCUGAUAGUCAUCGUGGUCUGGGUUACAUGGAGCCCUAAAGCAAGCAUUGAACAGUGCAGAGCAGAACAGCAGGCUUUAAUUAAAGAAAUGGAAAAAGCUAAAGUUGUGAAAGAAAACGAGGAGAACGACUUCAAAUCUACACUGAAGCUGAGCUCUGAGAACCAGACUGAACUUCAAGAGGAGCUGGAAACUAUUCACAAAGAUCAGAGAGAAACAAAAGCAUCUCUAGCUGAGAGUUUGAAUCUACGGAUGACCCUAAAGAAAAAUCUAACAGCUUUGGAAAACAUAAGAAUUCUGCAUCUGGAUGAGUAUAAAGGACUUUCUUCUAAGCUGGCCCAACAGCAGGCUCUUAUUGAGACACUGUGGAUGAAUGUGAGCAGUGAAGCGCAUCACUUAGAUUCAUGCGCAGCUCUGCGUGAUGCCGCAAACAGCCAGCAGAUGGCAGCAGAGAGUCGGAGGAAAGCCUGUCAGACCCAAACAACUUAUCUAGCCAAACAACUAGAGAACUGCAGGACCAAGGAUGUCCAGAACCGAAUGAGACAGAAUAGUUUCUUGUCUUCAACAUCACUUCAAUAAUUGCCAUCAGUCGAUAGUGUCAAAAACUAAAGCUAAUAACUAGAUUAAUUAUUAUAUGAAGUCUCUCUAUCAUCUUUGCAUAUUAUAUUCAUUUCAGUGCUACCUUCAAAGCUGUAAAGUGAAAUAAAGUUUAACUGAUUAUA